AUGUCAUCAACUGAAAGUAUAGGUACUCUGGCUAAUAGGUUUCUAAAUAUAGUUAAGGACAUUAACAAUUUAGAUAAAGAAUUUGGCCAGUUGAAGUUUUCGGAAUGUAGUUCUUCGCUUGGUGAAAUUCAAUUCUGGAAAAACAUAAGCAAUAUCAAAAAGGGGAUGAUAGUCUCGCAUACCCAGAGCUUGCCAAUUUUGUUUAAAUUUUAUUUACAUUGCCACAUACGAGUAGAGGCGCAAGUGUGAAAAAAUUAUUGUUUUACAUUAAUUUAAACAAAUCCAAAUUGCGUAAUCGACUGGGUGCUACGACAAUAAGUGGAAUUUUGCACAGCAAAAGACUAAUUAAUGUCUAAGAUUAAAGCUGCUUUAAUUUUUCAAUUUCAAGGGACAUGAUAAAAAACAUAAUAAUAACAUGUACUCGUAAGAAUGUCAUUCUUUUUAAAUUUGUUUAUUUUAAUGCAGUCUUAAAUAAUAUAACUUAUUUAAAACUAUUAUUAUUAAUUUCGUUUCUAUUGUUACGUUUUUAACCUCUGAAAUAUAUUUGGUGUUUUGUUACUUUUGUCUGAUGGUUUUGUAUUUGUGGCUUCUUUUAAGAGUGUGUUCAAAUUUACGUUUUUGUUGUUUGUUUUAAGAGUGUUUUAGGAAUCUUUUCACAUAAUAAUAUGUACUCGAAAGAAAGUCAUUCUUUUUUAAAUUCGUUUAGGU